UUUCAGUGGUGUGAAAUAAAAAUUGUUGUACUCAGCAUUGUUAGAAAGACGUUAGGCGCUCGCUCGAAGCGUUUAUUGAGUGGCGACAUGAUGAUUUGAAACGGACGGAACGUUUGAGGGCUCGCGGGGUUGAGGCAGCAGCCGAUCCACGAUCCGUUACCGGUCCUUAGAGGCCGUUCGGGUUGCGGGUCCUGCCGCCACCGCUGCUUUGUAUUAACUCUUGACUAUAGAUAGAGUGCUGUGAGUAGUAUUGAAGUGUGAGUGAGUCUAGUGGUGAAGAAAUUCACCGUCAGCAAUCGAACCAGAUUCGCCAAUUGAAUGUGGAGUUGCCAUAAUGCGGGAACCAGAGGGCCGACUCCUGGAGAUGUCGUGGGAUGGGUUCGACGAAAGCAUCCGUCGAGAACUAGACUGGUUCUGGCGAGACCAGCGAACUCUAACGGACGUUACGCUUUUUUGCGACGGUGGCUCAGUACGAGCUCACAAACUUGUGCUAGCGUUGUGUUCGCCGUAUUUUCUUAACAUGUGCAUUGAAACACAGGCAGGCUGCAAUAAUUCAGUGAUUUCACUGCGAGGUGUAGACGUGGCUGACUUCAAACUGCUUCUCGAGUUUAUGUAUCGUGGGCACGUUCUAAUCGAAGAGAGUAAAGUAGAUCAUGUGGUCAAGUUGGCAAGGGCACUUUAUGUUCGCGGCUUUGGAUCCGAACGCGAGGUGAGAAAGAAACGGGAGCGCAACGGCAGUGUGGGAUCAGUUUUUGCCGACUCAGAAGGGGAAGAAAAUGACGAAAACACCCAACGUAGAAAGGUAUAUAUUCGCCCUGAGGAAAUCGCCCUUGAUGAUGUACCACCUAACCGAGUAACCCGAGCUUCGCUUGCCAAUCAGGAGGUAGCCAGAUCAUCGCGGAGACUCUCAGAAUCCCGCGGAUUGAGUCCUGAGAAAAAGGAGUCUUCAGUAAAGGAUAAAAAUUGCCCGAAACGACCGCCCUUGAUAGCUGCUAAAUCACCAGAGAAAUCAAAGAAUACUACUCAAGAUAAAGAAUCUACAAAACCCUCGCCGCGUAAACUUCGCGAGAAAACGCCAGCAGCUGAAAAUGAGGCCCCCAAAGAGGCAGCGAGCAAAAAAGAUUCCCCUAAUAAAUAUAUUUGCAAAUUAUGCGACUUUACUGCUACCACUGCCACAAUCCUGGCGACUCACCUCGUGCAAAAGCAUCCGAUGACCCCAAAGGCUGCGGAAACACCGACCAACGAUAAACGCCUUUCUGAGAAACCUAAAGAGUCGUCAAAAGAAGAUACUUCAUCGCUUAUAUGUGAUAUCUGUGGCUUUACGGCAGGCAAUGCGGGUGCAUUGGGCAAUCACCGUAAUAGGCACAAGCAAGAAAGCAUCGUGCCAUCAGGGCCAGCUCAGGCUCCGUUAGGAUCCAAUGCGCAAAUAUCUGUUACCUCGCCCAGCCACACGGGUCCUGCCAUUGCGACACCUUCGCCUCCUAAAUCUUCGCCAGUUACUGAUAUGUACUUCCAAAUGGCCAAUUCUGAGCACUUCAAAAUUAUAUAUGACUGCCCAAAAUGUAUAAAGAUCAGCUUUAAAACACCAAAUAUAAUGACCCGUCAUCUAAUGAAAAGACAUCACGGUGAAGCGGUACAGCCAAUUACAAGGGUAAAUUGCGGGCAUUGUGAGCAUGCGUUUGGACCUAGUGAACGAAUGGAUUCAUUCGUUGCACAUCUCAAGCAGGCACACAGCAUUGAUGCGCAAGAAGUCAAAGAAGUCAUUCCCGUUCGAAUCAAGAAUGAGCCUAUGGAGGAUGAUGCAGACCAAUCGGCAGUGCACGAUAAUGGGUCACGCAUGCCGGCCGAAGCCCGUGGAGCUCCCUUAAACGGCCCAGUGGAUGCUUUGGCAAGCCAAGCGGGACAUUCGUCCGGUCAUCAUCCGGUACGCGAGACCCUUGUAGAUACCACCUCGAACGCUGAUACAGAACGUGCGUCAUCGCGCGGUAGCUUCGCCCUCAGCCCAACGUCAAGUGGCGGGGACCGAGCCAUCGUCGCGGGUAAACGCAAUCGGCUAUCUCACGACGACGAAGCCACGAUAGAAACAUCUGAAGUAGCAUCAGGAUCAAAUGCCCCAGCCGCCACAGCGGGAGUGACUACGCCACCUGGAGCGGACCUUUCACGUGUGAAACGUGAAGCCGAUGCCAGUAAUGAAAUUGUAGUGGAAGAAAACGGCGUGUUCCACAAAUGCCCUCAAUGCAACUACCACACCUCGCAGGAACAUUUCCUCAAACGACAUAUGAUCGCCUGCCACAGUAACGGCAGCACUGAGGAACCGUUUUUGUGCAAGUACUGCAAUUUUUCUACGGGCCAUCGAUCCACUAUUAAGAGUCAUCUUGUCAUGGUACAUCGAGAUACGACGACAAAAGUGAAGGACUGCUUUCGAAACGCGGCGGAAAUUAGCCGCCUCGAACAAAAUCGCGAAGAGACAAGGAGCCGUUUGCACCGUUCCAGCGAUCGAGGCGUGAGUACUGGAGCUAGCAUGAGUAACACGAGCGACAGCAACAAGGUGACACGGAAGAGGAAGACUUUUCCCGGCUCUGGGCCUUCGUCGUCGUCGUUGUUAACAAGCGGAGCCAAUGAGACAUCUACGUCGUCCACGCCGGCUACCCGAGCUAAGCGAAGCCGAAAGUCCAGAUCGGAACAACAGACAAAGUCGUCCGCUAAACUGAAGAGUCCCUCUCCAAAGACACCACGAAGUUUGCAAAAGCUGGAAGCAGCCCUUAAGCUCAAGAAGGCGGCACUGGCCAAACAGCGUCGGCGCUCGGACUCUGGAGCAGCGGGUGGUAAUGCUUCUGGGACUGCUGGAAAGGAAAGUAAAGGUAGCAGAUCAAGCAGUCGGCUGAGUACCACGGAACACAGCGUUUCCGAAGACCCCCAAGUUAGCGUGUCAUCUAAGAAAGCGGCCUCUACGGGAUCGGCAAGAGUGUCAGCUGGAACAGCGGCGGCCUCGAGUGGACGGGAUGUCCAAAAGGAUGCCUCCGGUGACCACAAAGAGUGCGGCACCGGCAGCGCCGCUAAGGAAAUUCCCGGCGCAGCAGCGGCUGCCGCCGCCGCUGCCGUCGUUAAGGAGAAAGAAACCAAGGAACUUAAAUGUCCCGACUGCACUUAUGUGGCCAAGAGUCAUAUCAUGUUUGAAAAACACGUAAGCCUGCACAGCAGCUGCGACGAAACCAAGUUAGCCCUGUGCGAGCUUUGCGGUGUCGUCAAACUGAAAGUAUCGAUGGGAUAUCACAUGAAAAGGCACGAGCCUCGAGAUUCCGGGCCAAGCGGUACCGUAGGAAAGAGCACCUAGGAGUGUCGUGCGUGGCCACUGGCCACUCGCCAUGCCAGGCAUCUGAGGAAGGACUCAGCUAGUUGGACACCUAUGCCAAUCAGAAGCAGAUGUUACUGCUGUCGAUAAGGAACCAAGUAGCGUGGAAAGAAAAGUCGGAUUCACUUCACGCAGCAAUUACACGUAACCGAUCACACCUAACGAAGAUGAAGGUGCUGACGGCGAACAAGCAACGGACCAAAUAUAAUUAUCAUAAUUAGUAUUACUAAUUUUAUUAUAUCAUAAUUAAUAUUAGCUGGAUUAAUUAUUGCAAUAGCCUGAUGCUAUAUGGAGUCAAUGCACAAGUCUCUGAUAAAUGAAACGGGCAGUGGAUGAGUGCGAUGAACGCGAAUUUUAUACAGAGAAAGAGCAUGUAUAAAUCCUGUAGAAGAGGCAGAGGUAUGUACAUAAAACAAUGAUUCAAGGGAACAUGAAGUGCCCGUAAGGUCCUAAAUUUCGGCCGCAUUCAGAUCGGACAUAUACAAUCGGAUGCAGAGGUCUCCCUUUGAUGGGUGGUCCGGAUCGUGUUAAGGUCACUGUCCCGAUGUUUUGGAAUAAAAAUACGAACCUAAACUGCAAACAUCAGCUUGAGUCGAAUCAUAUUCCACACCGUAGUCCUAUCGCAUCGUAACGUUAGGUGCAACUCCCAGUACCGAUAAACAUUUGGCUUAAUAAAUAUGCUUUUCCGCCAAAAAGAUUCAUCGUAAAAAAAAACUCCUUAUUAUUCCUUGAGAAAAGGUCGUGCGUUAAACUCUUAAGCGAAUCUGCAUCUACUGAAGUAGAUCUUUUUAAAUUAAUAUCUUCACAGGAAAUCAGGCGAAGUUUCAAGCUUGGAAAAUUAACACAUACUUUGUGCCUGCUUGAUCAUUAUUUACCCACUUGGCUAAGUGCUUUUAAUCGAUGGUUAUUAAUGUUAUGUAACUAACGGUUAAGUACUAUUUGCCAAGAUCCCAGAGGAAUGCAUAGCAAACUGCUUUUUAGUUAGUAUUUCUUUCGUUCAUUUUAUUGCAAUCCAUACCUAAUUAUAAUCCGAGUGAAUAUUGCUAGCUCUUACAGUUAAUUAAGCAACAUAAGUAUCCCUAUUGUGCAAAUAUAAUAAAAGAAUAAUUAAAACUGAGGACGGUAACUUUGACGAGAUCGUCGAGCGCCAGAAUGCAUGCACCUCCCAUUCAGAGUCGCAAAACCAAGUUCAAAUAUAUAAUCCUCUUCGUAAAGAUUUGCCUAAGCCUUCCUCAUUAAAGCUGAUAUAAGGCCUAUGUACAGAGAUGUUGUGCUUUGGGUGCGUCUCGAAUACAGUCAUAAAGAGGGAAAAUAAUUUUGUAACGUCGGUUACCUUUAAUAUGCGCCGUGAUAAUGUUGUGAUGUAUUUAGUUCUAAAAGAGCUCCUCUAAUUUUUCUAAAUGUUGUUUAUUGUAUUAAUAUGGAAAUAGAAAAUAAAAGAUGAAUACGUAAUCUUUAUUAACCUGUUACACACGUUUGGUCUGUUAUAUGUUCAACAAAAUGAAUAUUAUGUGAUAAUUUUGAUGGAUUGACUCGAGCACUUUUUAGAUUAGCUAACUAUUUGUGAACGUUACGUUUACGAACAAUCUGGAUCCGAAGACCGCUUUUUGGCAGGGGCCGCGACAGAUGGUAAUGAUCACGGAGCUGUUUAGAGUUGAUACAUCAAUAAAAUUGUCGGCUGAUUGUUUUUGAAAAAAAAAAAAGCGGUAAGCUGAGAUCACACCGUUAGCUGCAUUCGAGAACAUCCAAAAAAUCCGAAUUGUGAAACGUUUUGUAUAAUACGCAGGCAGCAUGCCACACAAGGGGGAUAUUAGUCCCUUCGAUUUCUGUUAUCGUUAUGAGAUAAUAUUUGUUCUUUAUUAAUGAUGGAGAUAAAAAUGAAAAUAAACUGAAAACUGUCAUACCAGCGAAAGGACUAUAUCGUAAUGGUACCAAUAAGAAACAUGCCGUUUAAUUUGUAAGCUUUUUUUAUUAUUCUUAUUGUAGACCCGUUACAGUACCGUUGAAGCUAUUCGUUGAUCCUGUUGUAUGCAGCAGCGUCGCAAACGAAUGCAAGUAGCUUAGAGCUAAGCGAGUACGACAGAAGCCUUUUACGAGUCUGACAAAGAUUCACCUUACGGAUGUCUAACAGUAAUUUAUAACUACUCGUGAUAUUGUGGAAUUGAUAAUGAUGAUAAAGUUUGUUAUAACAUGGUUGAGCGUUUUUGAGAGUGAUUUUGCGUUACGCAGGGAUGCCACACUCUUACGUGAAGAUCGAAUGGAAUCGUUAAAGCAGAUCUACUACGAUAGCUAAUAUCGGCAGACAAUUGCCUUCAAAGUGCGAACGCGCUCGUUCAUCGGUAGUGUAUGUUCUACUAAAUUGCCAUUAAAAUUAAAAUUUGCUCUAACAUACCAGCAUUACAAAUGAAGUUAAAAUAGGUGAAUAUAAACAGAGCAGAGGAACUUAUGAAGAAGUUUCAUUGCAAAUGCAGAGAAUUGUUCCUAAGGUAUAUUCCCUUUUUGACGUCUUUGAUUCGGGUGCAUCUCGUUUUCUAUCGCUGCAAUUAUAUGUGACCUUUUGCUGGAAAAUAUACCCUUAUAUCGGUCGUUCGAUUUCGUUAGUGCUUGUUUAAUGGGUAGAAAUGUGAAAAUUACGGCCUAUGGAGCUCUUGUACAUGAAGUUAAGCAUAGAUAGCUAUGUAUUCAAAAGAAAGAAUGCAAGAGAAACAGAUGUUUAACAUGUUUAUGAAUCACUACUUAGUAGUAGUGUAAAGGAGUUACGUUCCUAUUAUCAGAUGGUGUAAUAUUAACAAACUUACACAC